ACGUUGAGCAGCACAGACUCCAUAGCGGGCCGUCUGGUUCUAGAAGCAACAGCUCACCCUUAAAAACCCUGAGAGGAGUUUCUCACCCACCUCAAACUGCUUUAAGCUUGGGCCGCCUACAUAUCCCAGCAUGCACCGCACGCGCCUCCUACUUUUACACAGAUAAAUACCAUUCUCGCCAUGUCUUCUGCGACUGUGCAAGUACCCAAGUUCCAUAAUCUAGAACUUCUACUUCCGACUCGCAUGAUAACUGCGGCGGCGCUAUUCAGAGGAGCAGCUUGGCCACGCCCCUCUCCUCCAGUUCCGCUCUCUCAGAGAACCGGCGAGACACGGGGCGGAGCCUUAGCCCCGGGCCAAGAUGGCGGCUGCGAGACCGGCCCUUACGGACUCUCUCUCGUUUUGCCUCGCGCAGCUCACGGCGGCGGCCGGGGAGGGGCCGGGUUGGGGAAAGGACCCAGCUAUCAACGAGACACCCCUGGGCCGAGCGCUCUUAGCUCUUCGCACGCGCCACAUCAAGGCUGCAGAGGGAAUUGAGCGCUUCCGGGCACGCGGCGGGCUCCGCCCCCUUCUCGCCCUGCUACGCCGAACGGCUGCUGCGGGCCCCGCCCCGUCCCAAGCAGCCUCUGGCUCCGCCCCUUCAUCGGUUGCGUCAGCUGGUUCUUCCCCUUCCCCUGGCCCCGCCCCCGCUGCUGAGCCGCCUUUGACGCCUUCGUGGCCAGUGCGCCUGCGCAAGACGCUGGAUUUGGCGCUCAGCAUUCUAGCCAACUGCUGUACGGAGGAGGCGUGCCGAGCCGAAGUUCGUAGACUUGGAGGCAUUCUCCCUUUGGUGACCAUUCUUCAAUGUGUGAAGACAGACAGCAUCCAGAACCGAACAGCUCGUGCACUGGGGAACUUAGCCAUGGAGCCUGAGAGCUGCAGGGACAUUCACUCUGCUGGUGCUGUUCCCUUUCUUGUUGAGAGCCUAACGGCCUGCCAGGACUCACAAUGCUUACAGAGUAUAGUUCGUGCCCUCCGCAACUUGGCAGACUCGCCCCAGCACCGCCUAGCCCUGGCACAGCAGGGAGCAGUUCGGCCACUGGCUGAGCUUUUGGCUACUGCCCCAGACCCUGCACUGACCUCAGCCCUAGUUCGCGCUCUCUUGGAACUCAGCCGAAGCUGUUCCCGGGCCUGUGCUGAGCAGCUGAGUCUGGGUGGGGGACUAGGCCCACUUGUCAGCCUGGCUUCUCACCCUAAACGGGCAAUACGUGAGGCAGCCAUCCUGAUCCUUGCCAAUCUGUGUGCCCAGGGCCUGGUGCGGCCUGCACUGGGCAAUGCUGGUGGUGUGGAGGUGUUACUAGGUGAGCUUAGGCGAAGACGGGGUCCCAGCGGGACCAGCUCAGCUUCCCAGCAGCCCCUAGUGCGGGCUGUGUGUCUCUUGUGCCGGGAAGCCAUCAACCGGGCCCGGCUUCGGGACGCUGGUGGUUUGGAGCUGCUGAUGGGCCUCUUGCAGGACCCUGGUGCCAGUGCCUGGCACCCACGUGUUGUGGCUGCUCUUGUAGGCUUCCUUUAUGACACUGGAGCCUUGGGCAAGUUACAGGCUCUGGGCCUCGUGCCUCUUCUGGCCAGGCAGCUAUGUGGUGAAGCUGGCGAAGAGGAAGACGAAGGAAUCGAAGCUGCUUCCUGGGACUUCCCUGAGGAACGGACCCCUGGGCAGACAGAGGUGGGAAGCUUCCGAAGCCUUAGGUUGUGGCUGAUUUCUGAGGGUUAUGCAGCAGGCCCUGGAGAUGUCUCCCCAGAUUGGUCCCCUGAGCGUUGUCCGAUGCCAGAGCUAUCCGAGUCAGGGAGUCCUACCUCUGGCCAGACCUCAACGUCGACACCCCGCACCCUUCGCAAACUGAGCAGAAUUCCUACUGCCACUACUGAGGAGCCUUGGGGCCAAGAGGGGCCAGCGCUGUUGCUGUUGUCACGCUUCUCCCAGGCUCCUGAUCCAAGUGGAGCUCUAGUGACUGGCCCAGCACUGUGUGGCCUGUUGGCCUAUGUGACAGGCGCACCAGGACCACCAAACCCACGUGCGCUACGGAUCUUGGCACGUCUCACCUGUAACCCUGCCUGCCUUGAGGCCUUUGUGCGCAGCUAUGGAGCAGCACUCCUGCGUGCCUGGCUGGUACUUGGUGUCUCACCAGAUGACUGGCCUGUGCCACGUGCCCGGCCUGUGCACCAAAGCCAGCACCGGGAGCUGGGUGAGAUGCUGCUGCAGAACCUGACUGUUCAGGCUGAGUCCCCCUUUGGAGUAGGCGCUCUCACCCACCUGCUGCUCUCUGGGAGUCCCGAGGACCGUGUAGCCUGUGCACUGACCCUACCCUUCAUCUGCCGGAAGCCUACUCUGUGGCGCCGUUUACUUCUGGACCAGGGUGGCCUCCGCCACCUCCUCACAGCACUAACUCAGCCCGUUCCACACCCACUCUUCCUCUUCUUUGCAGCAGAUUCCCUUUCCUGCCUCCAAGGCCUGGUGUCACCCACCUCAAGCCCAGUCCUUUUCCCUGUCAUGCCCUCGGAACUUGACUCAGCCUCCCCUUGCCUCUAUGAACCUCUCCUGGGCCCAGCCCCUGUCCCAGCCCCUGACUUGCACUUCGUUCUGGAUUCAGGCCUACAGCUCCCUGCUCAGCGGGCUGCCUCAGCCACUGCCUCCCCCUUCUUCCGGGCCCUGCUCUCCGGCAGCUUUGCUGAAGCCCAGAUGGAUUUGGUACCACUUCGAGGCCUGUCCCCUAGUGCAGCAUGGCCAAUCCUGCAUCAUUUGCAUGGCUGUCGUGGCUGUGGGGCUGCUUUGGGGCCCAUACCCCCACCUGGACAGCCCCUGCUGGGCUCCAAGGCUGAGGAAGCUCUGGAGGCUGCUGGCCGUUUCUUGCUGCCUGCACUAGAGGAGGAGCUAGAAGAGGCCGUUGGCUGCAUCCACUUGGGUCCCCGAGGUGGCCCUGAGUCAGUGGGUGAGGUAUUCCGCUUAGGUCGGCCCCGGCUGGCUCUCCACUGUGUACGAUGGACACUGGGGCCAGGGCAGUGCCCUAGGAAACGGGCCCUGGCCCUCACAGGGCUUGUGGAAGCAGCAGGUGAGGAGGCAGGACCUCUAACUGAAGCUUUGCUGGCUGUGGUAACAGGGAUCGAGUCGUAGUACAGGUGCUCCAGGCUAAACUGUUGGCAUCCCUGGAAGAGCACCCAGGGAUGAAUUUGCUGGACAGGAGGCUCCUCUCAGCAUGGCAUGAGGGGAGACUGCAGAAGGAGCUAUCCUCAGGGACUGGAGAGAAAGUGGAACCAAAUCCAGGCUGAAGCUGAAGAUCUGCAACUAAAAAGCCAAUACCAGAGUCUGCAUGGAGUCCAAGAGGACAGCUCAGGGCCCCGGGGUCUGCUCUGACCUGACCCUAGGGUAUUGAAAUUAAAAAUGAGAUUUCGAUACUG